AUGUCUCGAUUUUUCCGUGCCGGCAACGACGACAGCUCCAGCGAGAGCUCCAGUGACGAGGAGGAACUCUACUCCGGAGAAGAGGGUCAGGAAGUCGACCAGGAACAGUCUGAAGAAGAAUCCGACGAGUUCGACCAGUCCGACGAGGAGAGCGAAGAGGCCGACGACAAGGACGCCGGCGACCAGAAGCAGGGAGCCUUCCGAUUCUUGAGAGACAACGUCGAAUCAGACAGCGAAGGCGAAGAUGAGGUUCGAGACAAGGUCAAGAGCGCGCAGGACAAGCGACUGGACGAGCUCGAGACCUCCAUUAAGCAGAUUGAGAACGGCCUGAAGAACGGCGACUGGACCCUGAUCUCAAAUGAAUUCGACAAGCUGAACCGACAGGUUACCAAACUGCCCGCGGGCAGCAAAAUCCCCAAGCCUUACAUCAAGGUUAUUGCCGAAGUCGAAGAGGCCGUCAAUGAGGCUCUUGCAAAGGCGAAGGUCACACCGAAGAAGAUGAACGCCAUCCAGGCCAAGGCCCUCAACGCCGUCAAGCAAAAGGUCAAGAAGACCAACAAGGACUACCAGGCGCAGAUUACCGUCUACAGGGAGGACAAAGACACUUACCUGUGGUCUUCAGACGAGGAGGAAGAGGAGGUCCCCGCUCCCAAGGCCCCCAAGGCCGUCAAAUUCGAGGAUUUCGCUGCUGCCGAGGAGGUCGCUGAUGAGGGUUUCGCCACUGUUGGAAAGGGCGGCCGUACUCUGCAGUACACCCCUGAGAGCAUCUUCAAGCACCUGCGAGGCAUUUUGGAGACUCGUGGAAAGAAGAACACCGACAGAAUUGACCAGAUUAAGGUCAUGGAGAAGCUCAACGAGAUCGCCAACACCCCCUACCAGCAGAUUCGUGUUCUUCUGACUCUGGUCUCUGCCCGAUUCGACCUCGGCUCUGGCACCACCAACGUCAUGCCUCUGGAGCACUGGAAGGCUGCUGAGAAGGAGCUGUCUCAGCUGCUGACCAUUCUCGCCAACAAUAACGAGUACGUCGUGCUCGAGAAUGUCGAGGAGUGGGAUGAUGAUGAGAAGCCCCCUACUCUGCAGCCUGGCGAGAAGCACAUCAAGGUUGCCGGCAGCAUCGUCUCCUACGUUGAGAGACUCGACGACGAGCUGCACCGAUCUCUGCAGAGCAUCGACCCCCACACCUCAGAGUACAUUGAGCGCCUGCAAGACGAGGGUGCUCUGUACAACGUCAUCUUCCGCGGUCUCCUGUACUACGAGGCCCUGCAGAAGGAUGAGACCAUUGAGGUUCCCCAGGAUAGUGUCAACCGCAUUAUCAUGCGAAGACUAGAGCACGUCUACUUCAAGCCUGCUCAAGUCGUCAAGACUUUUGAGGAGAACUGCUGGAAGGCCGUUGGCGAGAACGUCGACUCCACCACCACUCCUCGUGCCCAGGCUCAGGAGCCUGCUGAGCUGGUCAACGUCCUCUGCGCCUACCUUUACACCCACAGUGAGGGCAUCCUCCGUGCCCGAGCUCUGCUCUCGCAAGUCUACUUCCUCGCCCUGCACGACGACUACUACAAGGCUCGUGACAUGAUGCUCAUGUCUCACUUGCAAGAGACUGUCACCGGCUUCGACAUCCAAAGCCAGAUCCUGUACAACCGAACUCUCGUCCAGGUCGGUCUCUGCGCCUUCCGCAAGGGCCUCAUCUACGAUGCUCAGAACACUCUGCAAGAGAUUUGCGGCAGCGGCCGCCAAAAGGAGUUGCUCGCUCAGGGUGUCAUGAUGCAGCGAUACAGCCAGGUCUCUCCCGAGCAGGAGCGCCUGGAGAAGCAGCGCCAGCUACCCUUCCACAUGCACAUUAACCUCGAGCUACUCGAGUGCGUUUACCUGACUUGCAGCAUGCUCCUGGAGAUUCCUCUCCUGGCCCAGACCGGCUCUUCUCCUGAUGUUAGGAAGCGUGUCAUCAGCAAGACCUACCGCCGUAUGUUGGAGUACCACGAGAGACAAAUUUUCACCGGACCCCCUGAGAACACCCGAGACCACGUCAUGCAGGCCUCCAAGGCUCUCGCCGCUGGUGAGUGGAAGAAGUCCAUCAGCUUCAUCCACAGCAUCAAGAUCUGGGAUCUUAUGCCCAACAGCGAAGAGAUCAAGGAGAUGCUCUCCAAGCAGAUCCAGGAGGAGGGUCUGCGAACAUACCUCUUCACCUACGCCCCCUUCUACGACACCCUCGCCGUCGAAACCCUCAGCGACAUGUUCGAGCUCGACGCUACCAAGGUCGCUGCCAUCAUCAGCAAGAUGAUCAGCCACGAGGAGCUUGCCGCUUCUCUCGACCAGGUCACCAGCAACGUCAUCUUCCGCAAGGGCGUCGAGCUCAGCAGACUCCAGUCCCUCGCCCUCGCCCUAUCAGACAAGGCCAGCGCUCUCAUCGAGACCAACGAGCGGACGCUCGAGCAGCGCACCCAGGGCACAUCAAAUGCCUUUGAGCGACAAGGCGGCAGAGGUCGGGGAGGCCACAGAGGAGGCGCACGUGGAGGCAGAGGAGGUCCUCGCGGUGGUGGUGGCAACACUCAGCGACAGGCUGGUGGCACACAGUUCACUGGCGGCGCUCUGGGAGCUGCCGUCAGGGGUUAG